AACCGUGCUGUCGGAAGAGCUGAUUUAGCCUUUCUGCCAGCAGGGGGCGGCAGUGUACCUCUGCGCUGUGUGCUCUGCAGAAGAAGAAGGAGGAUCCGGAAAACCGGGGGAAUCAAACUGUGGACGGAACCGAGCCGCGCUGUACGAGCUGUCGUUGGGAGUCCGGAGCGGUCUGGUGAAGGGUCAGUGGUGCGGUCCCACACUCAGUUUAAAACACGGUAUGGACGGGACCAGUGAUCCAGAUGACGAGCUUCCUACGUUUGACUUUCUCCAGCCAACGGUCAGUCAGGUCUCCCGUCGGACCCCAGAGGUACCAGACUCGGGUCUGUCUGAUCCUGCAGCCUUGUUCCCCCAUCAGCGGCGUGGGCCGGUUCCUGACACCGUGACGAUCAGCAGUGAUUCUGAGGAUGAAGCUCCGUAUGUCCCUCUGGCUCAGAGACUCAAAAACAGACGGGACCCAGGAAUCCUUUCCUCCUCUGUCAAAGAUGCUGCGCUGUGUUGUCCCUCUGGUCCUGCUCAGCCUCCCAGCUUGGAUCGAGUUGCAACAGAAGCACGACAGGAUUGUGAGGAUGUCUUUGUUACUCUUGUCUCUGUCCCAGAGAACAAAGACACCAAUCCUGGCAAACAGAACAUAACCAAGAGCACUGUGGAGAACGUGGGGGCUUCCAGAGAGAUGGAUGGGAUGCGGAGAGCCAGAGAGAGACGGCAGCAGGAUCAGGAGAAGAAAGCUCUGGCUGAAGCUGCCAAGGCCCUGAGGCCAGAAGAACGUAUCAAGCAUAUGGUAGUAGCUGUUGAUCCAGCUCACCUGCAGCUGGAGGGAGGGGCGACCCUACUGGCUUCACUGCAGGCUUUGGGUUGUAGCUGUGCCAUUGAGAAACAGCCUUUCCCACUCAGUGUUAGCUGGAGUAGGAGAGCUGCUUGUGCACAGGAUUCUGUGUGUGUACCAGAGGCUCAAGUGGUGAUGCAGAUAACAGUAAAGGACUUCAUCACUCUCAUUAACAACUACAUACAGGAGGUGAGGCAUGGCAGGUCAGACUGCGGACCAACGCUGGCAUCUUGGGUCCAGCAGCUUCAGAAGCACCACCCCUCAAAGAUCUUCAGCCUGGCGGUCAUUGAGCUGGAGGAAUAUUUCAGAGCACAAAAGUGUUGUGAGCAGAAAAAGGUGAGAGAAGCUGUCACGGGGAAGGGUGGAAGGACACAAAAAGAAAGGAAGAAACCGAAGAAUGGUGAUGUUCAGGAACUGGCCAAGCUGUCCAGAGUAGAUGUGGAGGAGGCUGUGGUGCACCUCCAGCUGCACAACGGUGUCUCAGUUCACUUCUUUUCAACAUGGAGAGAGUUCUCAGACUACAUCACCAUGACAACCAAAGCUCUGGCAGAGGCCCCUUUCAAGAGAGAGCGGGAGCAGACAAGCUUCUCCUUCUGCCUCGAGAGUGAGUGGGCAGGAGGCCAGCGAGUGAACAAAGCUGGAGAAGGUCUCCUGCUGGUGUGGAAGAGGCAGAUUCAGCAGCUCCACAGAGUCAGCUCAGAGGUAGCUGCUGCCGUUGUAGCAGCAUAUCCAUCCCCACUGCUGCUCCAGAAGACUUACUCCGAGUGCAGGACCGAGAGUGAGAAGGUCUCCCUCCUCUCUGACCUCCUCGUUCGCCGAGGAGAAGGGAUCACCUCCACAACCCAGCGUGCUGGUCCAGAACUUUCCAAACGUCUCUAUCUCCUGAUGCAUUCCUGUGAUCCUGAGGUCAUUCUGGAUUCCUGCCUCUGAGUUCCUCUUUUUCAUUGAAUAUUUGAUUUUAAACUCAGUCUUUAAAUUCUAACUAGUUGGCUAGAAGUUUGUUUUUAUUUCAUUCAAUCUUGGCUGUAAUUCUGAUGAUAUCGAUGUCAAAGACAUCCUGUACCUUUAGCCUGGAUGGCUUGUUUCUGAACUGGUCUUUCAUGUCUGAUGUUUACAGUCUGUUAAUGUAAUAAACAAAUAAAUAAAUAAA